AAUAAGAGCUAUCUUGAAAAUAAAGAUCUUCUUCCUGAAAAAUCUUGUAAUUUUAAAGUUGCUCCUGGUCAAGUAAUACAAAGAUCUGCUAAAAUGAGUGUAAAACGAAAGAGACUGUUGCUAAACAUAUAUAUUGUAGAAAUUGAGAGCCCUAAUAAAAAAAAAAUCAG